AUGCCGUGGUCUACCGUGGAUGACGCAGUCGCCGCGUUUGGCAGGGGCGAGCUGGUCAUGGUCAUGGACAGCGACGACCGGGAGGACGACGAGUGCGACUUGGUAUGCGCAGCCGAGACCGUGACAGCGGAGCAGAUGGCGUUCAUCAUUCGACAUACAACCGGCAUCGUGUGCGUCGCGGCGGAGAGGGAGCGCCUGGAACUCUUCGGGCUCCACCCCGCCACCAGCAGGAACACAGACGCGAAUGCCACGAACUUCUAUGUCUCCACGGACUUCAUUCCAGGCACGUCCACUGGGGUAUCUGCGGCCGACCGGGCGACGACCGCAAGAGCAUUCUGCGACCUGGCGAACCAGGACGCGGGGAGUGUGCGAUCGGGACUAACUGGCUGCACCUUCUCGCCAUGA